UUCUUUCCUAGCUUUCGUGCUCUUUGUGUGUGGUUUUUUUAAUGCUUGUUGCAGACACCGUCUGUCUGGACACGACGUGCACAUCAUCGCUGCCUCCAAUGUCCAGUGACGCCAACUUCGCCAGCGUCUUGAAGCCAGUGAGUCGCGUGAAGGACGUCAGCGCUCGACUGACGGCGGCGCUAGGAGCCCGGAUGGAGUCGAGUGCAGUGACGUUCAUCACGGCCGCGUCAUCCAACCACUUCCUGGAGUCACAGGCGCUCAUCAAGAACCUCCACCGCAAAGUGUUCCCGAGUCUCGACAACUUCACCUUCUACUACUACGACUUGGGUCUCGAGCCCCAGCAGAGGCAUCAGUUGGAGAAGUUUUGUAAGUGUGAAGUGAGAUCGUAUCCUUUCCACGUGUUGCCAUGGAGAUUUGGCUUUCUGCGAGGGUUCACCUGGAAAGUUAUACUAAUGCAGGCACAUCUACCAUUUACCGACAUCCUUGUAUGGGUUGACUCCUCCAUCAGGUUUCUAACCGGGAAUCUCGAACCCAUGUUCAAAGAGGCCAGGUCUACAGGGUUGUUGCUGUCGAACGUUCGCUUUUCAGUUUCCGAACACACGUCAGAGAAAAUGUUUUCGUAUUUCGGUGACCGCGCUUGCGAGUAUUCCAUUUACAACGAGGUGGAAGCUGGGUUCCAGGUGGUGCACAACGAACCAUUCGUCAGGGAUCUCGUCCUCAAGACGUGGUGGGCAUGCGCAGUAGACCCGGACUGUAUGAGUUCCGAGUACCACGACAAACAGUUCCACUGCAGCCCAAAGGUGAGGAGUUACAGCAAAUGUCACAGGUUCGAUCAGUCGGCUCACACCUUGAUUCUCGCUAAGCUGUUCAGAGAAAACAUCGCCACGUUUUACCUCCAGAAGGGUAAAUACCAUGUUGUUAAGAGGAAACAAACAGAACACUACUUUGAAGAGCUGGAGAAGAAAGGACAUAAAUGACAA